CCAUCCAUCCAUCCAUCCAUCCUCUUUGCAGGGCCUUCGUGUUCAGAAUUAGAGCCUAAACGGCGAGCAGCGACAGUCAUAACAGUCUAUCUGGGAGAUUUGACACAAUGAGAUAUAAACAGGACACAAGGAACUUUGAGUCCAAAUGGAGAACAAUGCGAUGGUGGUCAGAGCUUCUGCUUGAUGAAUGGUUGUCAUUUUAGCAGAAGAGGAAGUCGCGCCUAUAUAAGGACUUUGUGGCCGACGCCCCAAACCCUAACGAGCACGUGCAGAAAGAGAUUUGACCACAUUGAUUGCAGCCACCAUCUCAUAGGCCUUCAAAGAAACUCAGGAAAGCUUCCCAUCACAUUAAUGUGCCGUAAUCAGGCUCCCAGCGCACGUGACCCGGAUUCUGUUCUGGUCCAGUUACUCUCUGAUCUAAUAAACGUGCUCCAGAGCCCCAUGCUGUUCCGAACAUGAGAUUAAACACUACGCCCUGCUCCUUAACACACACCAGAGGUGGCGCACAGACGCGCUGCCAGAUAAGCGGGCCUGGUCUACGCCAAGGAUCUCUGCUCAUCUCCCUGGGAGGACCGGUCCCUGGAGUCACCGCAGGGAGGGAGGAGUGCUGUGGGAGAGGAGGAGUGUUUUGGGAGGGGAAGGAGGAACAGUUUCUGGAGCCAGAGUGGAGUUAGGGAAGCUGCACACAUUUUUUGACAGGUUGGAGAAGGGCAGGAGCUGUUAGACGUGUUGAGAGACAAUUCCUGUAGAAAAAAACUUUUUUAGUUUGUUUUAUAAAUUAUUUUAGGGUACUAAUUUAACUUUUCAACACUUUUUUUCGUUGCAUCUCCUGUGAUGGUUUACAUUUUUUAGGUUUGUUUGGGUAAGAGUGUGCGUGUAAUACAGUCAACGAUGGAGCUGGAGCAUUUAGACGGCGGGGGGGUUAAACCUCAGAGGGGCAUCAGUCGUUUCUACAAGAUCGCUCUGGCCAUGUGUGUGUGCCUCUGCGCUGCUCUGCUGCUCGCUCUCAUACUGGUCUCUCAGAAAUCCAGGCAAGAGGAGUUUUGCCUUUCCCCAGAAUGCAUCGAAGCAGCGGGUUCCAUACUGAGUAAAUUAGACCGGUCUGUCAACCCCUGCGAGGACUUCUACACGUUCUCUUGUGGUGGUUGGUUGAAGGACAACCCGAUUCCUGAAGAUUCGUCUUCGCACGGCAUCUACCCCUGGCUGAGGCAGCAUGUAGACAUAAAACUUAAAGAGUUGUUAGAGGCUCCUUCAGAUCCAAAAGAGCUGGAGGCUGUGACCAAAGCCAAGAUCCUGUAUCGCUCCUGUAUGAAUGAAAGCAUACUGGAAGAACUGGACACCAGACCAAUGCUAAAAAUGCUCAAACAGCGUGAGUUUCGGUGGCCCGUGUUGGGGGACGGGCUUGGCGGAGAAUACCGGUGGUCAGAGAGCCAGUGGAGUCUAUUGAAGACACUGGCAGAGAUGAGGAACCAGCAUAGUAAGAGCGUCCUGAUUCGCCUGUACGUCUCCCCUGAUGACAAAAACUCAUCACACUACGUCAUUAAGCUCGACCAGGCUUCCUUGUCUUUGUCUUCAAGGGAGGACUACACCACCAACACUUCCUCUGCUCUGGAGAACCGAGCUGCAUUGCUGAGUCUGAUGGUGGACGUGGCUGUCAUGCUGGGCGCCCCAGAGGAAGUAGCACAUGUCCAGAUGAAAAAGGCUCUUGACUUCGAGACCAAAAUUGCUCAUAUCCUGAUUCCCUAUGAAAACCGCACCAGUGAGAACAUGUACAACAGAUACACACUUUCUCGCUUGCAUCGCUCCAUGCCACAGUUUGACUGGCUUAGUUUUGUGAAAGCAGUGGUGGAGUCUAAAGAUGAUCCAAGUCUAAUUAUUUCCUCCUCUGAGCCCGUCAUUGUCAGAACCCCAAAGUAUUUCAAGGACCUCAUGAAGCUCAUCAACAGCACAGACUCCAGGACGGUAGCUAACUACAUCCAGUGGAGGACAGUUUUUUCCAAGAUCACCACUCUGAGCCGUCGCUUUCUCUACAGAUACCUCGACUUUGCUCGGGUCACCACAGGAACUACCUCUCUGACUCCACGCUGGGAUAAGUGCGUUAACUACGUUGAGAACUCCCUGGUUUAUGCCACCGGGCGCCUCUUUGUCGACACACACUUCCAGGAGGACAAGAAACACAUGAUGGAAGAGCUAAUUGAGGGGAUUCGGUGGGCCUUCAUCGACAUGCUGGAGAAGGAAAAUGAUUGGAUGGAUCAAGUAACAAAAAAGAGAGCCAUUGAAAAGGCUCACGCAGUCCUGGCUAAGGUUGGCUACCCGGAGUUUAUUUUGAAUGAUACCUACCUCACAGAAGAUUUGAAACCGCUGAAGUUCAAUGAAAAGGAUUACUAUGGUAACGUUAUGCAGACACUGAAAUUCAUUGCCCAGUCGGAUGUCUCCUGGCUUCGAAGGAGCGUCCCACGCACAGAAUGGUUUACAAACCCAACGACCGUGAAUGCCUUUUACAGCUCAUCCACAAAUCAAAUCAGAUUCCCUGCUGGGGAGCUUCAAAAGCCCUUCUUCUGGGGAAGGGAGUAUCCAAGAUCAUUAAGUUACGGUGCCAUCGGA